AUCUGUGGCACCACCCCUCACACAGGGAGGAAGGAUUGCUACAUUGUGCUCCUGUUGUGUCCACUCUGCAAGUGACAGUCCUGAGCUGAUUAUCUAGAGCUGAUCCCCAGCCCAGCUUCCAUUCCUCACAGAGAGAGAGAGAGAGGGGGGCUGGGGCCAGCUGGGACAGGGUCCUUUACUUCUCUGGGGGGUGUGAACCUGCAACAUGUUUCCUGCCUUCAGUCAGAGCCCAGUACCUCUCUGCUGUGCUGUGUGACUGUCACCUGGGGGAGCAGCCCCUGCCCCAACUGGCACCACUGAUGGUGGAAGGGGACCCUGGAACUUUAUAAGAUUCUCUUUUGGGGUAUUGACUUCAAAGUAUGGGAAGCACAGUCAUGGACACUAAGAAGAAGAGAGAGGCUGCCAAAAAGCCCAGCAGCCAGAAGAAGAGGGUCCUUAGAGUCCAUAUUCCUGAUCUCAGCUCUUUUGCUAUGCCAUUUCUAGAUGGAGACCUGGACAGUGCAGACAAAAAUGUCCAUCGAAAGUCAGAGGAGUCCAGUGGCACUGGCAGUCCUUCAAAAAGCUUCUUCUCAAGAGGUCUUCAAAAUAGACCAUCUAGUCCUCUAUCAGCCCCAGUGAAAUCAAAAUACAGCCCUGGAUCACCAAAAACUUUGUUUCCGUUCCCAUAUCAAGAGUCGCCUCCUCGCUCUCCUCGUCGGAUGAGUUUCAGUGGCAUCUUUAGGUCCUCUUCCAAAGAUUCUUCAUCAAGCAGUUCCAACCCAUCUACCUCACCCGGUGGCAUCAAAUUCUUUGCAAGGUCAAGAAAAGCCUCAGGACUGUCUUCGUCUCCAUCUACCCCCACACAAGUGACCAACAAGCCCAACUUCCCCCUGGAGGCGUACAAACAAGAACCGGAGCGGUUAGAAGCCAGAUUGCGUUCAUUCUCUUCGCCGCCAGACACCGGACAGAGGUUUUCAUUGCCACACAUGCCGGUUACUGUGACAAAAUCAUCUCUUGCAACACCAUCGCUUAGCACUACCUCAAAAGCAGCUCAAGGCACCACGGAAGGCAUGCUGGAGAAACUGGAGCUGGAGGAUGAAGCUGUUCCAGAAUCAGAGAGUGAUAUCUACAUGCGCUUCAUGAGAUCACACAAGUGUUACGACAUCGUUCCAACCAGCUCUAAACUUGUUGUAUUUGACACUACGUUACAAGUAAAGAAGGCUUUUUUCGCAUUGGUAGCUAAUGGCGUCCGCGCCGCUCCUUUGUGGGAAGCAAAAAAUCAAAAUUUUGUAGGUAUGUUAACAAUUACAGAUUUCAUAAAUAUAUUGCAUCGAUACUACAAAUCUCCCAUGGUACAGAUUUAUGAAUUAGAGGAACACAAAAUAGAGACGUGGAGGGAACUAUACUUACAAGAAACAUUCAAGCCUUUGGUGAACAUAUCCCCAGAUGCAAGCCUUUUUGAUGCAGUAUAUUCUCUGAUAAAAAACAAAAUCCACAGGCUGCCAGUUAUUGAUCCAGUCAGUGGGAAUGCACUUUAUAUUCUCACCCACAAAAGAAUCCUCAAGUUUCUUCAGCUAUUUGUGUCUGAAAUGCCAAAGCCUGCCUUCAUGAAGAAGAACUUGGAGGAACUUGGGAUAGGAACUUACCACAACAUUGCCUUCAUUCAUCCACACACUCCCAUCAUCAAAGCUUUGAAUAUAUUUGUGGAAAGAAGGGUUUCUGCAUUACCAGUUGUGGAUGAGUCAGGACAAGUUGUAGAUAUUUAUUCCAAGUUUGAUGUCAUUAACCUUGCUGCUGAGAAGACCUACAAUAAUCUGGACAUCACAGUGACGCAGGCGCUCGAGCACCGGUCUCAGUAUUUUGAAGGUGUUGUGAAAUGCAAUAAAUCGGAAACACUGGAAACCAUUGUGGAUCGAAUAGUGAGAGCAGAGGUGCACAGACUUGUAGUUGUAAAUGAAGCACGUAGCAUUGUGGGAAUUAUAUCUCUUUCUGAUAUUCUUCAAGCCUUGGUGCUUUCUCCAGCAGGUUCCAAGAGAAAGGAAAGCGAGGUGGAAUGACUGAUGGAAAUGAAAAA